CCUCUGCUUGUCAUUCAUUCACCACGCGGCCGUCCCUAAUAUCCUUCCGUGAUUCCAUAAGCUCGCCACAAUGCCUCUCAAGGCACUUAUGACGACGUCAGUCCUGGCGCUGGCCUCAUUCGCCAGCGCGCUGCCGCCCCCUCCCGGGCCACCCAUCCCAUCUGCAGCAGCACCAGCAGCCAAGAUCCGCUGCCCCGUUGUCUUCUCCGGCCAGAUCCCCCAGGCGGCCAAGCUGACCGACUUUGACGCCACCGCGACGAGCCCUUUCCUAUCCAACAACGUGAAGGGCAACGACACGUGGUCGCAGAUCCUAAAGUUCCCGCCCCCGCUCGCCUCUCUGCCCGGGCCGGCCAAGAAGAACUGCGGCGUCGCCCGCUUCGACGACCCGGCCAAGCAAAAGGCCCUCGAGGUCACCAUCAACGACCGGUCCAUCUUCAAGACGCAGUUUGGCUUCCGCCGCGCGGGCCUGCUGUUCAAGAACGACACCAACACCGCGGGGCCGGGCAACACUGGCGUCAAGACGCUGCACUGGAGCGUGCGGCAGGAUCUGGCGCGGCCGCUGAACCUGACGCAUGAGUAUCUCAACGUCUGGCACGAGGCAGGCGACUUCAGCGGCAACCACUUCCACUUCCAGGCCGGCAGCCUGAUCGGCCGGCCCGAGUUCCCCGCCGACACGUUCAAGCUGCUCAACCGCAAGCUCGACGUGCUCUGGUCCGUCCCGAUCGACAAGACGGGCGGCUGGCAGGGGUUUGCCGUCACCCUGGACUAUGACGCCAACACGAUCCAGGUCUUCUACUCGCCCAACCCCGCGGCGCCCCUGGCCCCGGUCUUCCCCCAGCCGCUGCCCAACGACAACUCGGGCUUCGGCCAGUUCCAGAUCGGCAUCCUCAAGAAGCCCACGGGCGACACGAGCGACGUCGUCAACAAGGGGUUCCAGGAGGCCGGGAUCGACGAGGGCCAGAUCUAUGGCGGGGUGUUUGUGGAGGAUGGGCAAGGGGGAUGUGUGUCGCUUUGAGUCAAUGACUUUCGCCCCGUCGUCGUCGUCGUCGUCCACCGAACCUGCACGGGGAAUCUCGAGGACGGCUCGGGUCUAGGUGGGAUCCGGAUUGUAAUGAGGUUAGGGAGAGGGGAGUGUACGAAUGCCGAGAGAGGCCCAGGAAGUUAAAUGAAGACGGCUAGUCAUAUGCAUGCCCUGGACUACGCCUUCACGACUGCAUCCCUACCGCAAAAUAGGACACUCCCUUUGGAUAAUGGGCUUAUCUUGUGGUACGGUGCUACGCAACAAAGCUCGUCGGUAGUAGCCAAAUAAAGCUUGUAGCGUACAUUGGAGAGAGCUCUGUCAUGGGUCAUGGAAGGAAAAGGAAAACCCUCACCGAACAGGCACACGGAACGGUAAAGAACCCCAUUGGCGCACGUAGUAAAUAGUGCAUUUGCGAACCACGGCCAUUCAAAGU